AUGGCGUGUAUCAAUGCAAAGGAAGUAGAGGAGCGUUUAGAUGCUUAUCUUGGUGUAGUGAGUUCUUUCCGUUUACGAGCAGUAGAGCGCAAAUCGAAAGACCUUAAAUUGCUACUCGAACUCGAAAAGAUUAUCAGAGACACAAUAAACCCGAAGGUGAGGGAAAUAGCGAGCUUUAUGCACAAGUUCGACCUUGACGAAGACACUCCGGGGAAUGGUUUUCGUUCAAAUAUAGCGUAUACUCUGAGGUAUCUAAGAAAAGCUGCUAAAAUCGUAUGCGAAUCCUAUCCAACUAAAUCUAUAUCCAGAAUGAUACUACUGCUCAAAACUCAGAGCGAAAUCCUGGAUAUCUCUCUUACAUGUGAGGCCAUUGCGGAUGAAGAACACUUACUGUUCAACGACAGAGGUCUAGCAGAGAAUUUGGCACUAUGGGAAAAGAUAUCUAUUAUCGACAAGACCUGCUUUUAUAGCCAGAUGAAAGCGCUCCACUGUGAAGGUGCCGUACGUGCAACGAUGGAUUUCAUGUUGGCAUUCACCGCGAGUUAUAGCUUCAACCGUGGAAUACUGGGUAGAGAUGUACAGGUAUUGACCAAGGUGACAACUAGUGCCACCUUACCCGUGUACGCUCUCAAUGCGGACUUGCGGGCAUCAAAGAUUGUCACAGAAUUCCAGAAAGGCGAUAUGCUAUUUUUGAAGGACUUCUGGAAUGUAUUCGAAACACUUGUUAUGAAGCACGUUGUGCAGAUUAAAGCCCCGUACGCUGGAGUGUCCCGGCGCUUCCACAUGUGCUCUAGAGAUGACAUCAAACUCUCAUACAAGCGCUCGGUGUCAAAUAUGGAUAAAGAGAGUGAGCAAGAUCUCAGCACACCACUUGAGACCGAGUCAGUCGAAUUCACUGUUCCAGCGCCAAUACUGGAUCAAUUAACAGUUCGCGUGAUUCGUACCCAGAAAAGUUCUGGUACGUUUGAAACGUUGCCGUUGAAUAAGCUGCAAGCAGCUUUUAUGAAUAAGAUACCGAUAGUGUGGAGUAAGGGUCAAGCUCCCGGUGUACCCGUGAUUCCCUCAGCUGAUCAUAUGGAGCGUGCUGCUAAGGAAAGCACUAGCAGACCGGGCAUUCUGUUCCAUAUACAUGGUGGAGGAUUCGUGGCACAAACUUCGCGAAGUCACCAGGCAUACCUGAAGAAGUGGGCUCAGCAAUUAAACGUGAUGGUGGUCAGCAUCGACUACUCACUCGCACCCGAGGCCAAGUUUCCUGUUGCGCUAGACGAAUGCUUCUACAUGUAUGCGUGGGUGUUGCAACACGCCCACCAGAUGGGUCAUGACCCCAACAACAUCUGCAUAUCAGGCGAUAGCGCUGGCGGAAAUUUGACAUUGGCUUUGGGACUGAAAAUUGCUCAAGAGGGAUUACCACCACCUAAAGCAUUGCAGGCAACCUAUCCAGCUGUAUGUAUGAAAAAGGUCCUAUCACCUGCGCGUUUGAAUGCAGCGGCAGAUAUUCUGCUCCCGCUCAGCGUGUUCGCCAUCGCCAUGGGCGCCUACAUCCCUGACGAUCAAGAAAAGACACCUUCAGCCCUUUUAUCUCCUUGGCAUGCCACUGAUGAUAUUCUGAGCAAGCUCCCGCCUACCUAUAUUGUUGUUGGCACUAAUGACCCCUUGUUAGACGACUCGAUCGAUUUUGCACGCAAACUGAGACGGGCUGGCGGUGAGGUGCAUUUGCAUGUGGCCGACAAGGUGACGCAUGGAUUCCUACAACUCGAAGAUACUGGAGGUGUCCAUACUCGUGCAGCAGCGAAGGCUUCACUGUCGCAUCUUAAGGAGAUGUACGCACUGCCAAAGACUAGCGACUGGACCAUAAAACAAACAAAAUACGAGAUGGGCUGGGUCCGGACGGAGAGUUAG